AUGUCUGAGCGAAAAGUACUACAAAAGUACUAUCCUCCCGACUUCGACCCAGCGGCUCUGGGUCGUCGUCGCGGGCCCAAGCAGUCAGGCCCCAAGGUACAGACUGUGCGCUUGAUGGCGCCGUUCGCAAUCUCGAGGAAGGAAACGCCCCCCGACGAGAAGUAUCUCGGGAUCCAGAUCUUCCGGUUCUACAUUCGUUGCACCCGCUGCUCCGCCGAGAUCAUCUUCCGCACCGACCCCAAGAUACACGACUACACCAUGGUGAAGGGCGCCGUGCGGAACCAUGAACCAUGGCGCAACCGCGAGGCGGAGGAAGAGUCCACAGACGAGCGCCUAGACCGCCUGGCGCGCGAGGAGGCCGAGGAGGCGGGCGACGAAGAGAAGAAUGCCAUGGCGGAGCUGGAGGCCAAGAACGAAGAUGCGAAGCGUGAGAUGGCGGCGGCCGAUGCGUUGGACGAGAUCCGCCAGCGCAAUGCACGCAUACACCGAUCAGAGAAGGAGGGGAUGGACUUUGCCGAUACGAUUGUCAGAGCAGAGGAUGAGGAGAGGGAGCGUCUGGAGGCAGAGGACGAGGCCGCGGCCAAGGCAGCAUUCGCGGCACGCAGGGCACAGGUGGAGAUUGAUGAAGUGCCCGAGCAUCUUGAGGCGACAAGUGAUGCAUCAUCUAGCAGCGCGCCCAUACCUGGGUCGGAUGAGGCGCUGAUGCCUCCACCACCUGCGCCGGCGGCUGUUGUGAAGACGCCGGUUGAAGGUGCAGCAGCAACGGCGCCAACCUUCAAAAGGGUUGUUAAGAAGAAGAAGGAUCAUUCAGCGAUGCUGGGCAUCAAGAAGAAGCCGUCGCUGGUGUAG